AUGGCUUCACAAAUUGCAGCUCAAUUGGAAUUAAUUGCUGCUGAUCCCAUAUUGCAAAAAGACUUAGAAAUUUUACCAAGGAACUACACAUUUGAAAUACCGAAAACUAUAUGGAAGAUACGAACCACAGAUGCCAAAUUUGUGGCUUUACAAUUCCCUGAAGGGCUAACCAUGUAUGCCUGUUUGAUUUCCGACAUUUUGGAGAAACAUACUGGGUGUAGAACUAUAAUUAUGGGCGAUGUUACUUAUGGAGCUUGUUGCGUUGAUGACUAUACGGCCAAGAUGCUCGGUUGUGAUUUACUUGUACAUUAUGGCCAUAGUUGUCUUGUACCGAUACAGAACACGGAAGGCAUUCAUAUGCUUUAUAUAUUCGUGAAUAUCGAUAUCAAUCUAUCACAUCUGCUAAGUUGCUUAAUAGACAAUUUCGAAAAGGGAAAGAAAAUCGCUCUAAUCAGCACAAUUCAGUUCAUACCGUCGUUGCAUACUAUAAAAAAAAAUCUAGUCGAGAGUGGUUUUGAUAUUUUGCUACCUCAAGCCAAACCGCUAAGUCCAGGAGAAGUUUUAGGAUGUACUUCUCCACGUUUACCCUCCGACGUACAGGCUUUGAUUUAUGUUGGUGACGGCCGAUUUCAUUUGGAAUCAGCAAUGAUCCACAAUCCUUCUAUUCCUGCUUUUCAAUACGAUCCUUAUGCAAGAAAACUGACAAGAGAAGAGUACGAUUUUCCGAAAAUGAGGUCUAUCAGAUCUGAUGCUAUAAAAACAGCUCAAAAGGCUACUUAUUUCGGCCUGAUUCAGGGAACUUUGGGAAGACAAGGUAAUAUAAAAAUUGCUGAGGAAUUAGAAGCUAAACUAGUCAGUAAAGGAAAGAAAUUUGUCCGCGUACUUCUAUCAGAAAUUUUCCCUGAUAAGCUGGCUCUGUUCAAAGAGAUUGAUUGUUGGGUACAAGUUGCCUGUCCUCGCCUGUCUAUCGACUGGGGAGCUCAAUUUGGGAAGCCAUUGUUGUCUCCUUACGAGCUAGCUGUUGCAUUGGAAGAGGUUGUCGUACCUACCGAUUACUAUCCAAUGGAUUAUUAUUCAAACGAGUCUACUGGGCCUUGGACAAACAACCAUAUAAAGCAUAGGCCGGUACGAGAAAAGAAACGACCUAAAGUGGUUGUGGCUCAAGAAAUGAAGAAUUAA